ACGCGCUGAUGUCAAAAGGGUGGAGCAAGAACGCAGAAUAAACCAAGGCGAAUAUACGGGAAGCAGAGUUUUGACAGGUCUGUCGGCCAGAUUGUGUUAUCUGGAACACAAACAUGGAUAAUAUCCAGCAGGUCCCACAAAUGUCACAAGUGAUGCAUCGAGUGAUAAAAUGUAUCGAAGAGGACAACUUAACAAAUCUUAAAAAGUUACUGCGAGAAAACCCUAUAAAUGCUCUUUAUCCGUAUAGUAAACUAAAUGAUAAUGUAACCCCUCUGACUGCUGCUGUUGUAAACCAUAACAUGCGUUUGUGUAAAUACCUUCUAGAAAAAGGUUCAGACCCAAAUAUUCCCUCGUCAAAUAUGAGGACACCUUUGCAUUAUGUCUUACUAGCCAACGCUCCAAUUAUUUUUGUAGAAAAACUUCUUAAAGCGAAAGCAGAUCCAAAUGGGUGGAGGCCCGGGGUACUUGUUAUGCCUACACCUCUACAAAUUGCUGCCAGUAAUGAAAGAGAAGAUGUUGUCAAAAUGCUCCUCUCUGCUAAAGCAGGGGUGUCAUUGUUACCAAUAACAGAUCUCGACAGUUUGAAAAUCAACAAAAACAUAGCUCGGAUUGUUCAUAAAUUGGGAUCUAAAGGAAAUGUUGUCUGCUCCGACAUCUGUUAUUUCUUGGAUGUUACAAUUGCUGUGGCAGAGGAAACACCAGAGAAGGUUUUCAAAGAUUUUCAUAAGCACAUGUUACUGGAGGAUCCUAACAACCAUUUGACCAUCAUUGAAGUACUGUUCACUGUGAUUGGGCCAAGAGCAGAAGAAUAUAAACGGAGAAGUAUUCAAUGGCUUAAGGAAAUGAAUAAUUUAAACCAAUAUGUAACUGGUGCAAUUAGACGUUUAGAAAAUAUCCCAAAAGGAUCAGUGAAAGGAGUAGUUGAUAUGUUAAAUGCAGUUUUCUGCACAAUGGAUGACAUACCAAAUGAACAAGCAAAGGACAUCCUUUCCAAACUGCUGGAUCAGCUUCAUCUAAAAGAGAGAGAUACAACAUGGGAGGCUGUUCUGGAAAUGCAAGCAGGACUUGAAAUUUGGGGGGUUGUUCUCCCUACAAUUUAUGUGAUAACACAGAAAACAAAGGGCAUCAACAGCUGGGAAUCAAAGGAUAUUGAAACACUGACCAAAACAGUCUGUCCUUUUGUAGAUGAGCAGUACUCCACUGAUAUCAGGACCUACACAUAUGGCAUAUUUGCAAACUUGCUCUCAGCUAAGAACUUUCAGUCAGGCUUGAUAACCUCAGUACCUGAGGACAUAUUGAUAUAUGCAAAUAUCAAAAUGAAUGACAAGCUAAAAGAAGGACUAAAACGUCUGAAAUCUUUUCUAGACAACCCACAGUCUGAAUGUGAUGUAAGCUCUACUGUCGCUAAAUCCAAGAAAAAGAAGAAAAAGAAAAAGAAGACAAAGAAAGGAGAAAAAGAAGACCCAAGCUGUGGUGAUGAUACAACUGCUUCUGAUGCAGAAACAACUGCUGUAGCAAAGUUCCUCUCAAAUGUAAAGCCGUUUAAUGACAGUCCAACCAAAGCAUCACCAUUAAGAAAAAGACUUCCAAUCAGCAAAAGGUGGAAUGAGAAGCUUAAAAACCUCGUAAGCAUUGAUGAAAGCAAAGUGACAAGAAUAAGGGGCAUUAUUUAUGUAAAUAAUGAAGAAUUUCACAUAGCAAAGGGAAGUGAUGGAACUGACGUAUUCCUAGGACUGAGGGAUGAUGGCACAGAAGUUGCAAUUAAAAGAAUGUCUAAAAGUAACUAUAAAACUCUGAAAAAUGAGGAAGGAAUCCUUCGACUGCCAGAACUAGAUCAUCACUCUAUUGUACGAUACAUUGAUCAUGCAGAGGAUGAAAAUUUUGGAUAUCUUGCUCUCCAGCUUUGUGAGUACACUUUGGAAGAACACAUCAGUGCUGGUAGUAUUAGUGGCCUCCAGAGAAAGAAACUUGUCUUAGAGCUCCUUGAAAGCUUAAAAGUGCUUCACUGUCAAAAUCCUCAGAUUCUCCACCGUGAUCUAAAGCCACAGAACGUUUUAAUCGAUGUUAUGGGGAAAUCAAGAUUGGCUGAUUUUGGGAUAAGUCGACGCUUACCCAAAGACCAAACAACACACCAAACAAUAGCUGCAGGAACAAAGUGCUGGAAAGCCAGAGAGACUCUAGAGGAGGGGUGCAUUGUGUCAUACAAGUCAACCACUGAUGUACAGGUUGCAGGGAUGCUGAUGUAUUAUAUCCUGUCUGGAGGAAAACACCCAUUCAACGUCAGCAGAUCCUUUCAGCUGGAAUCAAACAUUGAUGAGGGGAAGUACAGCUUGGAUGAUGUUCAGGAUGUUGUGGCAAAAGAUCUCAUUGAAUGGAUGAUCAACAAAGAACCAACAGACAGACCUAGAGUUGAACAAUGCCUGAGUCACCCCUUCUUUUGGCCAUAUGUGAAAAAAGUUGAAUACCUGAAAAAGGUUGGUAACAGAGAGGACGUGGCAAAAUAUCAAAAUGCAGACCAGGAACUUAUUGACUCGCUUGAAAAAUAUGCAACUCAUGGAGCUUUCUCACAGUGGAAGAAAAAGUUUCCACAAGAACUGGUUCAAAAGAUGGAUGGCAAGAAAAAACCCUACCUUGAAACCAUUCUGGGAUUGCUGCGUUUCAUACGCAAUAUGAUUGAGCACUAUGUUGAAGAUGCUUCUAAAAUUGACGUCCUUGAAUUAUUUCCUGAUCUAUUUGGAUGUGUCUUCAAGUACGCUAAAGACAAAGGGUGGAAUCAACAGAUCCCACUGAAUGAAAUGUUUCAGAGUGAAGACUCUCGCAGCAUCUUUGUGAUGCCAUCCCCAAACAUCGAGGAGCAGCUGGCGGUUCCAGUUCAGGAGUCUCAACCCAGCAACUUGGAUUGAAUUCAAAUUCAGAAAGUCACUAGCCAACGCUCCAAUUGGUUUUGUAGAAAAACUUCUUGUCCAAUCUUAAUACUAAUACAAUAUUAUCAAUUCAGUUAUUGUGUUAUGUAACAAUCCAUUACUUGAUUAGCUUUGAACAUGUUUUUACAAACACAAAUGCAUUGGAAAACCUCAUUAACAUGUAAAUGAGGUUUGAUUUUUGUUUUGAGUCUCUUAAAUGGACAUAAUAGUCUAAAUGUUUUUUUUUAUGUAUCUGUGAGGACUUUACAUAUGGUGAUUCUCAGUAUCAUCUUGAUCCAUACUUCAGACUUGUCUGUUGCUGAUUUUUUAAUUCAUGCCUUGCUUCUUUCCACAACAUGAGUUAGGUAAAGCCUUCAUUAUUAUAUCAUUACUGUCCAGAAAUGAGCUAUGUUAAAACCAAAGAUUAUUAUGUUUUAUAUAUCAUGGAGUUUAUCUAAGCAUCAACAUUUACUUCUCAUUAUUUGAUUUCUUCAGAAUGUAGAAAUGUUUGUGAUUUUACAAGUUAUAUAUUUUCAAUGCAAUGCUAAACUAAAAGAUCUCAUCUACUUUAUUGGAUUUAGUCUGUUUUCUCUAUUAUUUUUAUUUUCAUCAUAUGUCUGCGUAUACAAAAUUAGAAAAAUAAAGGAACCUUAUUUGAAUCUAUAUUUUUAAGGGAUUCUCUUGGAUUACCUCAUAUUGGUUGCAGGUUCCUAAACUUGUAUGUUUGACAGUUUUGUUUUAAAAAUGAAUAGUGAAAAAAACAAUGUUCCAAAAAUGUUGCAUGCUGUUAAAAAACAGUGUUUCUCUGGUUCUUUUUUGAUAUGCCAUUGUUUGCCUUAUUUGAUAAGGUUUAGCGCAUAGCCCUUUGGCUCUGUUUUUUCCAAAACAGCCAAAGGGUUUAGUUUGAGACACUACUUUUGAGUUUUGCCAUUUUUUUAUUGUGUAGUUUAGUUUCAUUUGGAUCUCUCACUUUGCCUUCUCUGGGGUGGUUUACUGUUCAAAAUCAAAGUGUUUUCAGUAUUUUAGCUUUUUGUUUUUGAUGAAUUAUCUAUAGUUGUGUUUUCUAUUUAGUAUUUGUCUCUUGGACAAUGACAAUAAAUUAUGUAUUUUUCUUGAACAUUA